AUGUCAAACGCUGGGACGACUGACCUAAGUUGGCUACCUUCAGACGCAGAUGAACAGUUAGCCCUAGGUUUUAAAAUAGUAACGAAUGCAUACAAAACAAGGGUUACAUCCCAAGAAGCAGAGAUAAGGUCUUUAAAAGGACAACUUACAGAAAAACUUGAACAGUUGUCAUCAAUUCAAAAAAAAUAUAGCAAUUUAGAAGUCCAAUUAAUAGAAUCAACUCAAAGGGGAAAUCAGCUAGCCGAUGAAAAUAAACAAUUAAUUACUACCAUAAAAAAAUUGAACAGGGAUAUUGACCGACUGGAAAACUUGAAAAAGGCAGUCCUCAAUUCAAUUCAAGAAGAACACGAAGUGGAGGAUUCGCAUAAAUAUUAUUCUGCUGACGACAUGCUACACACAACCGCACCAAGAACUAUGCUCGAAAUUAACGGAAAUGAAGAUUCGUGUCAAACGCUUAUUAAUAAAAUAGUUAAUUCAGACACACAUAAUAUUAUUAACGGAAGUUUUAACUCGCCUUAUUUAGGAAAUGCAUCAUUAAACGAGAAGAAUACAGAUGGAAGAGCCUUUUUUCGUAACGCAAGAAGUCGAUUAACUUAUGAACAGUUCAAUCAAUUUUUAAGUAACAUUAAAAAGCUAAAUAAUCAUCAACAAAAACGAGAAGAAACCUUAAAAAAAGCCCAGGCUAUAUUUGGAGAAGCCAACUCGGAUUUAUAUGAAGAAUUUAAAGUACUGAUAUCCAAACAUUCUUAA